AUGGGCAAUGGACUGCUCAAAGCCCCGUGUCUGAAACUCGGUCGUGCACCUGACUCGGUCCAUGUCGCGCCCACGAGCCCUGCGAUAAAGGGUAAGUAUGACACCCAAUCGAACUUGACCAGGUGCAGCCGGCAUCGCAAGUUGAAGAGAUCUCGGAUAUUAAUUAUCGAGUACGAGGCAACGACGAUGCCAGUUGACAUGUGGCUUGGAUCCAAAGGAGACGCCGUUUCCUGGUACCCUACCGACAAGGCGCAACCUACGACUAGGAAGCGCUUCCCCGGCCUCAGGUGGCAUGGCAUUUAUCUGGGACAGGCCUCCUUGUCCAGGGAAGCUGAGAUUCUGUUUUAA